AUGCAUGUGAAGCCCGGAUCAAGGGUGUUUGACGUUGGUGGCCAACGAUCCGAACGAAAAAAGUGGAUCCAUUGCUUUGAAGAUGUCAAUGCCAUUAUCUUCAUCGCAGCUGUGAGCGAAUACGAUGAAGUUCUGUUUGAGGAUGAAACAACGGUAGGAAGCAAUUUUUUUGAACUUUUCGGAACUUUAUAGGU